AUGCUCAAGCAACAAGCCUCUAUUGAAGAAGCAAUGCUUUUGUGCUUGACGCAGACGCGCUCGUGUUCUCUGCCUAUCCUUCCGCGAGAUGAUAAUUCGCCGCCGUCGUUUUGCGCACAGAGGGAGCAAGUGAUUAGUGAGACUACACAGAGGUCUAUAUCGCUUGGAUCUCCUGGUAGUUCGAUGGAUUAUCCACCUAAUACUCCUGAUCGUCCUCUGCCGCUGUCUCCCCGCUCACCAAGCUCUACCCUAGGUUCGCCACCCCUCGCCUUAGAAUUCCCUGUCCUACACUCCGCUCCAGGGGCUUCAGAUGAUUUCUCCAUGCUGGAGUCGUACCGGGGAUCGUCAGAUAGUUCUUUGGACGGGACCUCGGACUGGGACCUCCGGGUAGCAGACAUUUACGAGCAAGUAGUCUCUCUGGAGGAGGUCAGUCAGAUCGAUCAGGUUAUUGCAGACCUCCGGGAUUUGAAGGUCUUAUACUCCUCCAGGAAUAUCGAGAAGUGA